AUGGCAGGGGAUGGAGAUGAGGAUGCUGCACCUAUGGCAGCCUUCCUGGGGGGUGCGGAUGAGGGCCCCCCAUGUACCCCCACUAUGGGGUGGGCAGCAGAGGGGCCGGGGACCAGCGGCAAGAACCGGCGCGUGUCCCAAGCUAUGGCAAGGCUGGAGAUGGGAAACCUAUGGCAGGAGUUCAACCGCUUGGGUACCGAGAUGAUCGUCACCAAGGCAGGGAGGAGGAUGUUCCCCACGUUCCAAGUGAAGCUGUCAGGGCUGGACCCACUCUCUGACUAUGUCCUGCUCAUGGACUUCAUCCCGUUGGAUGACAAGAGAUACAGGUACGCCUUCCACAGCUCCUCCUGGCUGGCAGCAGGACGGGCAGAGCCGGCAGCCCCCGGACGGGUUCACUUCCAUCCGGACUCACCAGCCAAGGGAUCCCAAUGGAUGCGGCAGAUUGUGUCCUUUGACAAGCUGAAGCUGACCAACAACCUCCUGGAUGACAAUGGGCACAUCACCCAGUUGAAGAUCGCCAGCAACCCCUUUGCCAAAGGGUUUCGGGAUGGGGACACUGAGGCAUGGUGUGGGGCACCAGCAGGGUCCCUAUUGGGUGCAAUGGGACCCCGUGCCCGGGUGCUGCCCUCCCACCAUGAGCAGCAGGACAAGGGUAUGGGGGGCAGAGAAGGUGCUGAGCCCCUGGUGCUGCCUCUGCCGCCCCAUAGCCGUGGGGCUGUGGCCGGAGCCCCACAACCAGCCCCACCAGUGGCUGCCUCUGGCUUCCCUGAGCUGCCUGUGCCCCCAUUCCAGCCCCUCUCCUGCCCCACAAGUGUCCUUAUGGGGCCCAAGCCCCACACUCUGCCCUACCCCUUGCUCAGCACCUACAGCCCCACCGCGACCCCCACCUUUGGCUAUGGGCAGCAGUGAUGUGGGGCACCCCCCA